AUGUUUAGGAAACGAAACCUAGUUUUGCAAUCGAUGCGUCGAGUCAAUCUCAAUAACCUAGAAACCCUAAUUUCGCGGCGGCUAUGGAGUCGCGCAGUAUCCACACACUCGAAUAGGAAUCAAACUGGAAUAUUCUCACUAGCUGGGGAAUUAGCAUCACUUGUAGAGGAAUCUCCCGCUCACGUUGAUGAUACCAAAUCAAAAAGCCGUAUGGAGCUAAAACGAUCUCUCGAGCUUCGUUUAAAGAAAAGAGUCAAAGAGCAAUACAUUAACGGGAAGUUUACUAACUUAUUGAAGAAAGUGAUUGCUAGGCCUGAGACUCUACGUGACGCUUAUGACUGCAUAAGACUUAACUCCAAUGUUUCCAUAACAGAUGGCAAUGCUGCGUUUGAGUUUGAUUGUAUGGCGGAAGAGUUAUCUAGUGGUGUGUUUGAUGUUGCUUCCAAUACGUUCUCGCUUGUGGCUAGAGAUAAAACGAAGGAGGUUCUUGUCUUGCCUAGUGUAGCUUUGAAAGUUGUUCAAGAAGCUAUUAGAAUAGUGUUGGAAGUUGUUUUCGGUCCUUAUUUUUCGAAGAUCUCGCAUAGUUGCCGAAGUGGAAGGGGACGUGGAUCUGCGUUGAAGUAUAUUAGCAAUAGUAUGUCUCGUUCUGAUUGGUGUUUCACUUUGAGCUUGUGUAAAAAGGUGGAUGAUUGUGUUUUGGAGAGCUUGCUCUCUGUGAUGGAGGAAAGAGUGGAAGAUAGUAGCUUGAGUGUCUUACUGCGUUCUAUGUUUGAAGCCCGGGUGCUUAAUCUUGAGUUUGGAGGGUUUCCUAAGGGACAUGGUCUUCCACAAGAAGGGGUGUUGUCUCGUGUGUUGAUGAACAUUUAUCUUGAUCGGUUUGAUCAGGAGUUUUAUAGGAUCUCAAUGAGGCAUGAGGCUCUGGAUCGUGAUUCAAAGACUGAUGAAGGUGGUCUAGGUUCAAAACUUCGGUCCUGGUUCAGGAGGCAGGCCGGAGAGCAAGAUUUGAAAAGUCCGCAGGUGAAGGAGAAUGCUGUCAGAGUUUAUUGUUGCAGAUUUAUGGAUGAUAUAUUUUUUUCUGUGACUGGACCCAAGAAAGUUGCGGUUGAUAUCAGAUCUGAAGCUUUAGAUUUCUUACGAAACUCACUGCAUUUGGACAUCACAGAUGAAACAGACCCGUCGCCAUGUGAAACGACCAGUGGGCUGCGUGUUUUGGGUACCUUGGUGAGGAAAAAUGUUAGGGAGAGUCCCGCUGUCAAAGCUGUUCACAAGCUAAAGGAGAAGGUUAGGCUCUUUGCAUUGCAGAAAGAAGAGGCCUGGACCUUGGGAACAGUUAGAAUUGGAAAGAAAUGGUUAGGACAUGGAUUGAAGAAGGUCAAGGAGUCAGAGAUCAGAGGCUUGGCGGAUAGUAACUCCACCUUGAGCCAAAUAUCUUGCCACAGAAAGGCAGGCAUGGAAACAGAUCAUUGGUAUAAGGUCUUGCUUAGAAUAUGGAUGGAGGACGUGCUGAGAACCUCUGCUGAUAGAAGCGAGGAGUUUAUCUUGUCCAAGCAUAUUGUUGAACCUGCAAUCCCUAAAGAACUUAGAGAUGCGUUUUACAAGUUCCAAAAUUGUGCUACGGCAUAUGUUUCUUCAGAGACAGCUAAAGUAGAAGCGCUUUUGCCAUGUCCAAGCUCUCAUGAUGGACCUGUUUUCUUUGGUGAUGUUGUUGCUCCUACCAAUGCUAUAAGAAGGCGUCUUUCUCGCUAUGGAUUAGUAACUGCUGCGGGUUAUGCUCGUACGAACUCUAUGCUUAUAUUACAAGAUACUGCCCAAAUAAUUGAUUGGUUCUCAGGACUUGUCCGGCGAUGGGUGAUAUGGUAUGGAGGCUGUAGUAAUUUUGAUGAGAUAAAGGCUCUUAUCGACAAUCAGGUCAGAAAGUCAUGCAUCCGGACUUUGGCAUCAAAAUAUCGAAUACAUGAAAAUGAAAUAGAGAAACGCCUUGAUGAAGAACUGAGCACGAUACCCUCUGCUGAAGAUAUAGAAGAGGAAAUACAACAUGAGAAACUAGAUUCUCCAGCUUUUGACAAGGAUGAACAUCUAACGUACGGCAUUUCCAAUAGUGGUUUAUGUUUGUUGUCUUUAACUCGAAUAGUGAGCGAAUCAAGGCCUUGCAAUUGCUUUGUAGCUGGUUGCUCUAUGGCGGCACCUGCUGUUUAUACCCUGCAUGCAAUGGAAAGACAGAAGUUUCCUGGUUGGAGAACUGGCUUUUCUGUUUGCAUUCCUUCUAGCUUAAAUGGAAGGAGAAUAGGGCUGUGUAAGCAACACCUCAAAGAUCUGUACGUAGGUCAAAUAUCACUUCAAGCCAUUGAUUUUGGAGCCUGGAGAUGA